UUUCGAUCCACAUUUUCCUUUUCGAUUUCCAAAUUUUCAUUUUUAAUAUUUUAGGUAAGAUCUCCGAAGGAAAUUACCAAUCGGGAAGUGCCGAGUUAACUUUCCCGCCGAGACGCCGCCGAAAAUUUAUGUCUCAGCAACUCAUGCCGAUGAACUAAAAAGAAACGAAGUCAAAGUGUUGGGUAAGUAAUCGAAGUCGCAGCUGGAUAUGUGGCAGUGGGAGAAUGCCACCGCCGGUGCCCUCGCCGGAUUUGCCACUGUCGCCGCGAUGCAUCCUCUAGAUGUCGUCCGCACCCGGUUUCAAGUUUAUGAUGGCAGAGGAUCGAAUCUCCCGACUUACAAGAAUACGGUUAAUGCAAUCUUAACUAUUACUCGGAUGGAGGGCUUGAGAGGACUAUAUGCAGGCUUCUAUCCUGCAGUUCUCGGGUCAACUGUUUCUUGGGGUUUAUAUUUCUUUUUCUAUGGCAGAGCCAAACAAAGAUAUUCUGACAGUGGAAAGAAGGACUUGAGUCCUAGUCUUCAUCUUGCUUCAGCAGCGGAAGCAGGAGCUUUGGUUUGUUUUUGCACAAAUCCAGUUUGGCUUGUGAAAACAAGAAUGCAGCUUCAGAGUCCUCUUCAUCAAGCUCAACCUUAUUCUGGGCUAUAUGAUGCCUUCAGAACCAUUUUGAGAGAGGAAGGUUUUGCUGCUCUUUAUAAAGGGAUUGUUCCUGGCCUUAUGCUUCAGGUUUCUCAUGGUGCCAUUCAAUUUACAGUCUAUGAAGAACUCCGUAAAAUUAUUGCCAACUCAAGGUCUAAAGGGACCAGAGUCGAUGCUCAAAGUUCCGGGGAAUUACUGAAUUCCGGUGAUUAUGCUGUUCUUGGAGGAACUUCUAAAAUUGCUGCCAUGCUUUUGACAUACCCAUUUCAAGUUAUUCGAGCUCGGUUGCAGCAAAGACCAGGCCAUGAUGGAAUCCCAAGAUACAUGGAUAGCUUCCACGUUCUUAAGGAAACUGCACGGUUUGAGGGCAUUCGUGGGUUUUACAGGGGAAUUACACCAAACCUUCUAAAGAAUGUCCCGGCGGCCUCAAUCACGUUUAUUGUGUAUGAAAACGUCUUAAACUUGCUCAAACUAACAAGACAAAAGGAAUAAAACCCGUGGACUGAACUACAUUGUUAUUUCAUCAUUGCAGAAGCUGGAGGUAAAACGCAGAGCAUUUGUUAACCAAGUCACUUAUUGCGGAUUAGACAAAAAGAAAAAGUUAUUUAUUGUGGAGAAAAUUUACGGAUGAAAGAAUUUUCUUGAAGACAUGCUGAGCUCUCUCCUGUUGGAUGACUGGCAUCGUCAUCCAAUAUAAAAACUUCAAGGUCGGAUACGAAGCUCUUGAAUACAUCUCCUUGCACAUAUUUUUUGGUUCCUGCUGAUUUGAAUCCAGUACUUUCACUUAUUAAAAUUUUUGUUGGGAACUCUUAGUUCUGUUAUCCCUGCCCUGGUGCCAACAGAUCCCAGUUCCUGUCACCAUAAUAAAAUGAACGAGCUUCCUUUUCGAAGCAAUUUUGAACAAAUAUGGGUCCACAUUGUGAUCCCCUUUGUACUCUGUUAGAAAAUGACCAAAGAAAGGAAGAAAAGGAAAUGUGAAUCGUUGUUCGUUAUUGUUA